GCCCCACUGAUGCCUUCGGCACCAUUGAGUUCCAGGGAGGAGGACACUCCAAUAAAGCAAUGUAUGUGCGCGUGUCUUAUGACACCAAGCCUGACCUGCUGCUGCACCUGAUGACCAAGGAGUGGCAGCUGGAGCUUCCUAAGCUGCUCAUCUCAGUCCAUGGAGGCCUACAGAACUUCGAGUUGCAGCCCAAACUCAAGCAGGUCUUUGGUAAAGGGCUCAUCAAGGCUGCCAUGACAACAGGAGCCUGGAUUUUUACAGGAGGAGUGAACACAGGGGUGAUUCGGCAUGUGGGGGAUGCACUGAAGGACCACGCCUCCAAAUCAAGAGGGAAGAUCUGCACCAUCGGUAUUGCUCCGUGGGGCAUCGUUGAAAAUCAAGAGGAUCUCGUUGGUAAAGAUGUGGUGCGUCCAUACCAGACCAUGUCCAACCCCCUGAGCAAGUUGACGGUUCUGAAUAGCCUCCACUCACACUUCAUCCUGGCAGACAAUGGCACCACGGGGAAGUACGGGGCUGAGGUCCGACUACGACGACAGCUGGAGAAGCACAUCUCUCUGCAGAAGAUCAACACACGUAUUGGUCAGGGCGUGCCUGUAGUGGCUCUUAUUGUAGAGGGAGGCCCUAAUGUGAUCUCCAUCGUGUUGGAGUACCUCAGGGACACGCCUCCGGUCCCUGUGGUUGUGUGUGAUGGCAGCGGAAGAGCCUCAGACAUCUUGGCCUUUGGACACAAAUACUCUGAAGAGGGAGGGAUAAUUAAUGAGUCUCUGCGAGACCAGUUGCUGGUGACCAUCCAGAAGACUUUCACCUACAGCCGCACACAGGCUCAACAUCUGUUCAUCAUUCUCAUGGAGUGCAUGAAGAAGAAAGAACUGAUAACAGUUUUCCGGAUGGGCUCAGAGGGUCAUCAGGACAUUGACCUUGCUAUCCUCACUGCAUUGCUCAAAGGUGCCAACGCUUCAGCCCCAGACCAGCUGAGUUUGGCUCUUGCAUGGAACAGAGUGGACAUUGCACGCAGUCAAAUAUUCAUCUACGGACAGCAGUGGCCUGUAAGAAAAAAUCCACAGUAUGGUUUAACGCUGAGUCUCAGACAUGAACUGGUGUUUAACCUAAAACAUGUGUCUUGCAGUUUUACUGAUAAGAAUUGAUUCAACACUGAUGGAUUUAUAAAGCACUGAUAAAGUGCUUUAAACGAGAAUUACAAUUGAACGUUACAUGCAUUCCUUUCAAGGUAAUACGCUCUUCUAUUUUUUGUUCAUCAGGUUGGUUCCCUGGAGCAGGCGAUGCUGGAUGCCUUAGUUUUGGACAGAGUGGACUUUGUCAAGCUGCUGAUUGAAAAUGGAGUCAGUAUGCACCGUUUCCUCACACUUUCCAGACUGGAGGAGCUUUAUAACACGCGACACGGACCAUCAAACACGCUGUAUCACCUUGUCAGAGAUGUAAAAAAGGGAAACCUGCCCCCGGACUAUCGCAUCAGUCUCAUCGACAUUGGGCUUGUCAUUGAAUACCUCAUGGGUGGAGCAUAUCGAUGUAACUACACCAGGAAGAGAUUCAGAACUCUGUACCAUAACCUCUUUGGACCCAAAAGGCCAAAAGCUCUGAAACUGCUGGGAAUGGAGGAUGACAUGCCAAUCCGCAGAGGUCGCCAGAAGACGACACGCAAACGAGAGGAAGAGGUGGACAUUGACCUAGAUGACCCAGAAAUCAACCACUUCCCUUUCCCCUUCCAUGAGCUGAUGGUUUGGGCUGUGCUUAUGAAACGUCAGAAGAUGGCACUUUUCUUUUGGCAGCAUGGCGAGGAAGCCAUGGCCAAGGCCUUGGUGGCAUGUAAACUGUGUAAGGCCAUGGCACAUGAAGCGUCUGAGAAUGAUAUGGUGGAUGACAUCUCCCAAGAGCUCAACCACAACUCCAGAGAGUUUGGCCAGCUGGCGGUGGAGCUCCUCGAUCAGUCCUAUAAGCAGGACGAGCAGAUGGCCAUGAAGCUGCUGACAUAUGAGCUGAAGAACUGGAGCAACGCCACUUGCCUUCAGCUUGCAGUGGCAGCCAAACACCGAGACUUCAUCGCUCACACCUGCAGUCAGAUGCUGCUGACCGACAUGUGGAUGGGACGCCUGCGCAUGCGCAAAAACUCUGGUCUGAAGGUGAUUUUAGGUCUACUUCUGCCGCCGUCCAUCCUGAGUCUGGAGUUCAAAAACAAGGAUGAGAUGUCCUACAUGCCCCAGGAUCAGGAGACCUAUCUACAGGAGAAGGAAGAGGAGGAGCCUGAAAAACCAGUGAAGGAGAAGGAAGAGGAGGACAUGGAGUUCACAGUAAGAUCUUACUGUGAGACGCAGUACAACUCCGUGGCAAUGCUGGGUAAGGUAACCGCAGAGGCAGCCAGAAAGAAGGAUGUCGAGGAGGUUCAGAGCCGCCACCGCCUCAUCCCUAUGGGACGCAAGAUAUACGAGUUCUACAAUGCUCCAAUUGUCAAGUUCUGGUUUCAUACGAUGGCAUAUGUGGGAUACCUGAUGUUGUUUAAUUACAUUGUUCUGGUCAAGAUGGACCUGUGGCCUUCUCCCCAAGAGUGGAUUGUCAUCGCUUACAUCUUCACCAAUGGCAUUGAAAAAAUGAGAGAGAUCCUGAUGUCCGAGCCGGGAAAGUUGCUGCAGAAGGUGAAGGUGUGGCUACAGGAGUACUGGAAUAUCACAGACCUCAUGGCCAUCCUCAUUUUCUCUGUCGGCAUGGUUCUGCGUCUGCAGGAGCCACCGCUCAUGAGCUACGGCCGCGUCAUCUACUGUGUCAACAUCAUCUAUUGGUACAUUCGGCUGCUCGACAUCUUUGGAGUUAACAAGUACCUAGGUCCCUACGUGAUGAUGAUCGGCAAGAUGAUGAUCGACAUGAUGUAUUUUGUGAUCAUCAUGUUAGUGGUGCUGAUGAGUUUUGGGGUGGCACGUCAGGCCAUCCUCAACCCCAACGAAGACCCAUCUUGGAUGCUAGCAAGAAAUAUCUUCUUUAUGCCUUACUGGAUGAUCUACGGAGAAGUGUUUGCCGACCAGAUUGAUCCUCCGUGUGGACAAAACAUCACUACAGAGGACGGUGUGGUGGUGGCCCUACCACCCUGUAAGACUGGAGCUUGGAUCGUCCCAGCUAUCAUGGCUUGCUAUCUGCUGGUGGCCAACAUAUUGCUAGUCAACUUGCUCAUAGCUGUGUUCAAUAAUACAUUCUUUGAGGUGAAGUCCAUCUCAAACCAGGUGUGGAAGUUCCAGCGCUACCAGCUCAUCAUGACCUUCCAUGAACGCCCAGUCCUUCCUCCACCCCUCAUCAUCUUCAGUCACAUAACCAUGGUCCUCAAGCAUCUGUGUUGCCGCUGGCGCAAGCAUGACGAUGACGAGAGGGACUAUGGACUGAAGCUUUUUAUCACAGAGGAUGAGCUGAAGAAAGUUCAUGACUUUGAGGAACAAUGCAUAGAAGAGUACUUCAGAGAGAAAGACGACAGAUUUCACUCAUCUAAUGACGAGAGGAUCAGAGUUACAUCUGAGAGGGUGGAGAACAUGGCAAUGCGUUUGGAAGAAGUCAAUGAGAGGGAGCACUUCAUGAAAGCAUCAUUACAGACUGUUGACAUUCGUCUGGCCCAAAUGGAGGAGCUAAUUGGACGAAUCACUGUUGCACUGGAGCGUGUGACAGGCGUUGAGCGGGUAGAGGUCAGCAAAGCCCGUUCCCGAACUUCAUCUGAUUGCACAGACUCCGCAUAUAUACUCCGCCAAGCUGAGUGCCAAGAGUCAGCAUACAUCCUCCGUCAGAGCAGCUUUAACAGCACUGAGGGGAAUGCCUACCGCCUCCAAGAGGCGCUGGAGGGAACAGCUGAGGGCUCCAUGUCCCCUCCUUCUCCUACUAGCAUGGCUACACGGACAAGGAGUCAUUCGUUUUAUGUUGGAGGUGGGCGUACUGCUGAACGUGCAAGUGGGGCUGAACGAGCUGAAAGCUUCUUCAAGGAGCGUUCACUUAGUCUCCAUCGAGCCAACAGCUCACAAUCUGUGUCCUCAGCUGCCGCCACCAAGGAGUCUAAGCCCCUCCCACUGGCAACGCUGGCGGUUUCCCAGCAGCACCGUCCAUCGUCAUGCAUUGAUAUCUAUGUCUCAACUUCUGAGGAGGUGGGACCUACAGAGGUCUUUCUUGCCCCUCUUCGUGUGGUCCCACCUCUGCAGAGAGUGUCCUCAGUGCAGUCAGAUACCUUAGAGACGAUGCUGCCUGGAGGCCGUGAGUACAGCAGCACUGCCACUAGCGGUUUGGGCGACAGGCACUCGGAGGGCGAAGCAGGAAGCAGUGGAACAACUGGAACAACUGGAGCUAUGUUUGAGGACAGCGCAGCUGCUGACUUGUCGUUAUGUUCAGCACACCUCUUACCAGACACCACCCUACCUCCUUGGGAUUUGGAACCGUCUCCACCUCCCUCAGCAGGGCUGCUUGAACGCUCGAAGAGCAGCCGCUACCUCUCAACAGUUGGAACUUCGUUCCUGGACGAACCUCCUCUGGUCAAGUCCCACAGCCUUAUGUUCACGCCAAGAGGCUGCUAUGGAGGACUGGGGGCAGGGGUUCAGGUAAAGGCUGCAGAGUACACCAGCAUCACUGACUGCAUUGAUACACGCUGUGUCUCCUCUCCAUACACUCCUGCAGAAUGUUCACAUUCACCUGGGACAUCCAGUUCAUUCACCUUUGAUAAACCAUCAGACAUCAGCUCCUCUCACCCGGAGAGAGAGGCAGAGCUAAGUCACACAGAGUCUGAUCCAGAGGACCCUGAGAAUCUGAUUCCAGCCUCUGAUACCCCUAGAAUAGGGGGCCUUGGUGGGCCCAGUGGAGCCCCUCUCUGCUCCCCCUUCUCCAAGCUGGAGAGAGCAAACAGCUGCUCUUCAGAUGACUCCCAUCCUUCCCUCACACUGGCCCCUCCGCACCGGAAGAGCCUGUCAGUGAGUGAGAGGAUGGAGAGGGGACCAGGUUUGGGAGCAGACAGGGGACCUGGGCCUAUGGGGCGAGGUCUGGUUGGACACAGAAACCCCUUCCUCAGGAGCAAGUCUGGAGCAAGGCCUGAAACAGCCAAGACUGACAGUCUGUCCAUAAGGAAGCUGGCUGCUCCUUCAGCUUUCCGCAGCUUUGAGAGACAAAACUACACAUGACAAGGACACACCAGUGCACUCACACACUGUUAGGGUGGAAAACUGAAACAACGAGGGUGACAGCAAGAUAAAGCUGCCUGUAGAUGCUGAUCUGUACCAUGCCUACACUUUAUUCCCUUUCAUUUUACAUUAGAAAGGUUUAUUCACACUCAGCAUUGAAGGACAGCUUAAUCCUGAGCCACGAAUGAGAAAAAUGAGAAGUUCCUACGUAAACCUGUCGAAACAAAGAGCUAUGAAUUUAGAAUAGUUUAUACCUCUUGUAGCAAACUUACAGUGGGAUGUUAUGACAACGGAAGGUGUUUUCGUCUUGUAUGUCUUCCACUGACCUACUUUACAUUGAGUCCACAUCUG